CUUUAUUCAUUCAUUUGGCUUGUCUCGACUUAGCAACAGUUAACAAAAUCAAAAAAAAAAAUAAAAUUUAAAAAUUCCAUGUGGAAAGUAGUGGGAGCAGGCGCCACACACCAGACACCAGUUUUUAGUAAGUCCGAUUCAGAGUCACGAUGCAGGCGCACCAUGCGAUGCCAGACUUUCGGUGCCGCAACAACUGCCAGCACAAGGAGUGCCAGCGGCAUGCCCCACUGGGCAUCAUCGACCAGCACACACAGUGCAAGUGCCUGGGUGAGGUGAACGCCAGCUCGAUCUUCCUGGAGAACGUCCUGGACCUGGCCAACACCCUGGCCCAGAUAAUGAUCAUUUGCGGGAUGCACGAGUGCAAGGCCAAGUCGACGGUGGACAUCAUCACUUAUGCCUUCCUGCACUACGACCAGGUGUGCUACUGCAUCGACACAACCCCCAAGAAGCGGCUGCGGAAGGAGGACCUCUUUCACGAGCUGGGAAAAAAGUCGCUGAUGAACAAGGUGGAGGCCCACCUGGCCUAUGCGAUCAUCAAGCGGGGCUUCAAGGCCUUCUACUACGAGCCGAAGGCGGAGCUGACCUACGACGACCAGGGCCGACCCUCUUACAACGACGAGUGCGUUUGGGUGCACGCGGCGCGGAAGUCGGCGGAGAGCUACGCCCGCUUCGAUGGGCUUUCCUGCGCUGACCAGCUGGCCUACGAGGCCAAGAUCAAGAUCACCUACAAGAAGUUCUACGACCGCAUGCAGACCCGGAAGCGGCAGCCGGAGGGCGACGACUGCAACUGCUGCUUCUGCGCCAAGAAGCGCGGCCAUCUCGUCUACGCCAAGGAGCCGGUGCCCUGUAAUACGACCAAGAAGAAGCCCAAGCACGUGUGCCCCUACUGCUGCAAGAAGAAGCAAAAGCAGCAGUACACCCAUCCAGCCCGUCCGCCGGCAAAGUGCCCCAAGUGCCACAAAUCGCGCAAGUUCUGCUGCUGCGCCAAAAUGGACUUCAACCUACAGUGGGUCAGGAGCAUCUGGGAGCGACCGGACUUCAAUCAGUACUACAAAAACGAGAUCGCAGAGAUCGAGGACCGUUUGGUCAAGGGCACCUGCUGGUUGCCGCCAGAGCCGGAUGAGCAAAUGGGCGACGAGGCUGGCGAGGAGGAGGACGAGCGUGCCCAAGAGGUUCCUGUGGACACCCUCCUUGCAUUGGGCGGCAAGCCCAUUCCCGAACAGGAGCCCACUGCUCCGGCUACUGCCGCCGAGACCACCAACAAUUCUCCUCCGGCCACCAAACAGGGUUCGGUUGCCGACGUCGAGCCCGAAGCCUAGGCCCAACUUGCCUCUCCCCAUCUGGCUAAAAGUCUGCAAAAUUUUUAGUGCAAUCAGGAUUGGAUCAAUCGUUAAUAAUUUUAUAAAAAUCUAAAAAACAAGUGCGUCAACGCAA